GUUGUCAAGAACUCAAGCCACGCGAAAGAAGUCAAUGAUUACAACUUGUGUGACUAUAUAACAAGGCCACAAGGGAUUGAUGAUGAUUCACAAGCCAAAGAAAUUAAAAGAUUCAUUGCGUUUCCUAAAAUUUUCACACUUAUAUCCAUCUUUAAUGUCGAACUCGUUUUGGCGUUUACUCUCUCUCGUUUCCAUCCUCCACUGUGUCGCUGCUCUCCAGUGUCUUCCUGACCAAACCGAGACCCUUAAACGUUUCAAAAACGAGUUUCAGUUCUCCAGCAUCUGCAGCGACGACAUUAACUUCUUCAGCGCUGUGGUCUGCGAUAACACGACAGGUGCGGUCACGUUUCUUGAACUCCCCGGUGGAUGUGUACGUGGAACUCUCAGACCAAACAGUAGCCUCUUCGAGUUGAGUCAUCUCCGUUACCUUAACCUCUCGUUCAACAACUUCGAUUCUUCUCCCUUGUCCUCUGCUUUUGGUCAACUCAAAAAUCUUGAGGUCUUGCUUCUCUCCUCUAAUGGCUUCGCCGGCCAAGUUCCUUCUUCAAUACGUAACCUACCCAAAUUAACCAAGUUACAGCUUUCCCACAACAAGCUCACCGGUAACUUAGCUCCACUUGUACAGAAUCUAACCAAUCUUUCAGCUUUAGACCUUUCUUUUAAUCAAUUCUCUGGAACCAUACCUUCUUCUCUCCUCACAAUGCCUUUCUUUUCUUAUCUUGAUUUGAGUGACAAUCAUCUCACUGGCUCAUUUGAAAUCACUAAUAUUUCUUCCUCUAAACUCGAGACUUUACAGCUUGGGAAUAACCAUUUUGAAGCAGAGAUCAUAGAUCAUAUUUCAAAGUUGGUUAGUCUUCAGCAUCUCAGCCUCUCUUUCAUAAACAUAAGCCACCCAAUUGACUUAAAAAUCUUCUCUUCUCUUAAAUCUUUGUCACACCUUGAUCUUUCCGGAAACAGUUUAACACCAACGAGUAUGAAUUCAGAUAUCGAGUUUCCGAAGGACAUGGAGGUCUUGCUCUUGUCCGGAUGCAACAUCAGUGAUUUCCCCAGAUUCUUGAAGCCCUUAAAGAAGUUAUGGUAUUUAGAUCUUUCCAACAACAUAAUCAAAGGGGACGUUCCUGAUUGGUUAUGGAGUCUUCCUCUUUUAGUCUCUCUGGAUCUUCACAACAAUUCAUUCACCGGUUUUAGAGGUUCACUGGAUCAUGUUUUGGCCAAUUCAUCGAUGCAGGUAUUAAAUAUUGCUUUAAACUCUUUCAAAGGUUCAUUCCCUAAUCCACCAGUCUCUAUCAUCCACUUGUCUGCUUGGAACAAUAGUUUCACAGGAGAGAUACCUCUCUCAGUUUGUAACCGAACCUCUCUCGAUAUUCUUGACCUAUCCUACAACAACUUCACCGGCUCAAUCCCUCCAUGUAUGGGUAACUUCACCAUAGUGAAUCUCCGGAAAAACAAGUUGGAAGGAAACAUUCCAGACGAGUUUUAUAGUGGUGCUUUGACACAGACAUUUGACGUUGGAUACAAUAGGCUAACCGGAAAGCUUCCAAGAUCGCUCUUGAACUGCUCUCUCCUAAGGUUUCAUGGUCCUAUAUCUCCACCUGAUGAUCAAGGUCCUCUUGCAUUUCCUAAGCUCCAGAUACUUGAAAUAUCGCAUAACAGAUUUACGGGAACCUUGCCAAGAAAUUACUUUGCGAACUGGAGUGCAACGUCUAUCAAGAUGCAUGAUGAAGAGAGGCUAUAUAUGGGAGAUUAUUCGAAUGGGCGGUUUGCGUAUGAAGAUACUUUGGAUUUGCAAUACAAAGGUCUAUUCAUGGAGCAAGGCAAAGUUCUUACUUUCUACUCUGCCAUUGAUUUCUCUGGAAACAAACUCGAAGGAGAGAUUCCAGAAUCUGUUGGUCUUUUGAAAUCAUUGAUUGCCCUAAACUUAUCAGACAACUCAUUCACUGGACAUAUCCCGAUGUCUUUUGCCAAUGUGACUGAGCUAGAGUCAUUAGACCUGUCAGGGAACAAACUCUCAGGGGACAUCCCGCAAGAACUCGGGGGACUAUCAGAUUUGAUCACGAUGAUGAAAUCUGAUGAUCGUAGUCGUAGUUUUUCUAAGCAGAGAUUUUACGAAUUUCUCGAGCAUACGGUUUCUGAAAACCCCCAAAGUUUUCGUCGUUUUGAGUCUGAACCGUCUUCUAGACCUUCGUCGUCGUAUGUGAACAAAGAGUACGGUAUUGAUGACGAAGACAGAAGCUUUAAACUAUUGUGUGCGGUCGACAUAUCGUUAGGGUACAAGGCUAAGGAAGACAAAUCGAAAAAGGAGGAACCUAGGGUUUACUCAGGGCAGAUUAAUAUGGUGGAGAUGAUGCACGAAGUUAUCGGAGAGAGGCUUCAGAGCCUCUUAGAACGUCGAUACAGAUCAAUCACUUACGCGGAACCAGAAGGAAAAAACCCUAAUCAUGAUUCAGAAUCUUCUCGGUCUUCUCGCGAUAGAGGUCGUCGGUCCAAGGAAGAACGUUCGAUUGAGGUGGAAGAGAGAAGUCGCAAGAUACGCAAAGUUGAUCGUGAUCGUGGUUUAGAGGUUGAACCAAUUCAAAUGACUCCACCGGAGUGGCUUCUGAGGGUGAUGCGGAGAGAAGGGGACGGCUACAAUCCGAAGCUCAUCUCAACGAGGAAACUGUACAAGACUGAUCUCGACAAAAUCCAAGGACGUCUCUCUGUCCCUUUUAAGCAAGUUAAAAGUCCAGACUUUUUGACAGAGGAAGAGACAACACACAUACAUGAAAAUGCGAUGAAGCUUCGUGAUGAUGGUGUGAGUGUGGAUUUGGUGGAUCCUGAGAUGAAAAAGCAUGCCCUUGAAUUGAGGAAGUGGAAGAUGAGUGGAAACUGGAAUUAUGUCUUAUGUAGAGGUUGGAACGAUGUGCUUUCUGAUAACAGGUUUGAGGUACACCAGCUCUUUCCUCUCUGGUCUUUCCGAUCUGGAGAAGGAAAACUCUGUUUUGCUCUUGUCCCUUCUGAGACGACAAGUUCCAGCCACGGUGGCGGCUCUACUUCAGAAGAAUCUGGCCGUGGAAACUUUCUUACUGGUGGUGAUGGUGCUUCUACUUCCGGUGAAUCUGGACAGGUACAGUUACCGGUUAAUCCUCCUUCGCUUCCAGCAAGAGAUACAAACCACUCAAGCCAAGGCGGUUCAGGAGAGAGCAGCUCUAGUUCUUCCUAA